GAUGAGACAGCCCAGUGGUGCCAACCGCUGGUUUCUCUCUGUCUCUCUCUCGUUGGCUGCUCUGUGCUCUAUGACGUCAUUGAGAAGCUCCGAAAUUGAAAUCAAUAAAUGGUGUUCAAUGUUGUGUGCACAUGACAGUCGGAGCGAAAUGGUGAUUAUGUCAAAACAUUCUGUCGGAGCGUCUCGUUUUUCUUCGCCAGGAAUGAAAGCGUGAAUGUAUCUAGAGAAGAUGGCGCGGAACACGAAGAAAAAGCUGGCGAUAUUCGCCGGAACCUCGAAGUGCUUGAUAUACGCAGAAGCAAAAUAUUGUGCCUUUGAAAGGCCUGGACAAAUAAAAUACUAUGAGUGUUCUAGAACGGAAUAUUGUUGCGGUAUUGGUUGUUGCGUGUCGCCGGGAUUGCAUUUUCAUCAUUUAUGGUAUUACUGGAUAUUGGUUAUAAUCAUAUUCUUGGUGUGUUCCGGCGGUGGUUGGUGGUAUCGAUAUUGGUUGCAAGGGAGGUAUAGAGCGGCUGCGUCGGCUAUUCCGAAUAGAGCUUCGAAUCCUCGGGCUCAGAAUUCCUUCCGAGGGCCGCCAUGUCAGGGACAGAGGGCUCGGAUCACUUACAACUCGGCGAGGAACACCGUGUUGUUGCAUCGGAUGUGGAAAGGUCCGCAAAGGAAUGGAGGGGUUCCAGCGUACAACGGUACUCCGACUACUUCGACGCAUUACCAGAACAUGAAUGUCGUGCUGAAUGACGUAAACUGCCCGUACUACCAACUAUACGGUCCACCGCCGAGCUACGAAACUGUGAUAGCCCAGACACGCGGUAAGAUAUCGAACCCGGCGUCGCCGGAAUCUUCGGGGACCCGGGUGAACGUUCAAACGCCGAGUGUUCUACCAAACUCGAGCGUGCCACAAUGUUUUUCGUACGCGUGCAACCCGUCGACGAGGCUGAACGGCAAUUUGGAGCAGAACGCGCAAUACCAGAGCGAGAACGCGAGUUCCCGGCAGCUCGACAACACCGAGCCGGUACCGUUGCCACGUUUCCCGCCGUAUUUCUUCGCGGACGGGACGAUCAGACAGAACGUGUGUGUUCCUUUCAAUUACCAGGAGCAGUCGUUCGUUCCUGGGGACGGUUUCGCUCGUAUGUACCGAGGUACCUCCACAAACUAUGUUCCCUAUUCGCUGGACAAGUCUUCGGACACUUCGGACCCGGAGAAUCAGAGUUACGAAGUGCCGAGGAUGGAGAGGUAUAUGAUGGUGAAUAUCGAUUGUACAGCGGGCAGCAGUAGAGAGCCGAACGUUUGGGAGCCGAACGACCGAUCGAUCUCCAAGGUGCACGGCCAGCCGGAGACAAGUCCGAGCGAGACGGCUGAGGACAGCGAUCGGGAACAGCAACGACGGAACGCGACGGAGUCCACCACAGGAUUCUCCUCGAUACGCGAAAUCGAGGAUGUCCGCGGAAACGAUUCAGAAAAUCCAUCCAACAAUGUGAUAUUAGAGUCUUUCGUUUCCGACGGCGGCGGCGGCGAGUCCUCCUCGACGGAGAACGUCGGGGAUGGACAGCGGCGUCGUCCUAGUCUCGCCAACGUCAGUACAAAUUCUCAUUUUGAAAGUAAACAUAGAUUAAACAGAUCGAAAUCGUUGGACUGGGCACCUGAGCGUGCCGCCGUUUGAACGGCAUCUUAUUCUUGUAUACACGUUGCCGUACGAUUUCCCGCGUAUAAUAAUAUAUGCGUGUGUGUGUGUGCAUGCAUACGCGUACGCGUACUCGUCGAGCACGCCGGCAGGAUUAUCCGUGCUGACGAGUGUACGUACGUGUACGGAUAUAGUUAUCGUUAACACGAUCGUUAGGUCGACAACGUCGAACAACACGUUCCAUCCCGCAAUCGGUGUAAAGAAAACGAACGCAGUAUUAUUUUUUUAACGGGUCCUCCGAUAUGUCGGUGUAUACUUGUCGCGUAUUAAGAGAAACGUUUAAUGUUGUACCUACUACAAUGCUUGUUGAACCUGUCUAUUUUUCGAACGAACCGCGGUCUCGCGCGGCACGUUCGCGGGGCACGCGAGCCAUCCUCGACGCCGCGUUCACUUCCGGAUCGCCGAACGGCUCUCGGGAAUCCGACGCGCGCGCGCGCGCGCGCGAAAGGUAGCUCGAUGCAAUAAUAACUAUUCUGGUGAAAUGUUUUACGGAGAAACCUAUGGGAACACUCAGAGCAUCGUUUUCAUUUUCACGAACGUUCGAACCGUCGGUGACCGGCGGGACCGAUCUAACCUGUCCGCCGGCGGUUGUCGACGGAGCACAAUUUCGUUGGUGAACGCACGUGACACCGCUGGAAAAAAGAAUAAACGAUUCGCUCGAGGACGCGGUCUGAAUUCGCGGUCGUUCGGUACUCUUAGUUAGUCUCCGAGGCGAACGCGUCGCAUUCGGCCGACCCGCGCACUCAAUUACGCGAACGGUGUCCCUGUUUUUAUGAAUGGGCUCAACUAACUCCGGUUACGCACAAAACCGUCGAUUGACGCCAUACUUCUCGUCGUCCUACAUUUUAAUAUCGGCAUGCCAAUCGACUCGUUAGCGCACCCUUUUUCUAAUCUUCGCACAUCGUCGCACACAUUUACGAAUCACGAGUAACUUUUUAAUAUCGAACGUUCCGGUUAAGUAGGGACAAGUGUUUUAUCGCAAAUUUGACCGUCUGUCGCGUCGCGAUUUUCUAUACCGUGAAACCCCGUGAAACCCGUUUAAAACCGCCCGCCACGAAAUCGCGGAGCGAUCGGGAUACCUCGGACCGUCCCGUGGUGAACGAUCCCGAUUCCUUUCACGGCUCGAUCGAGCACCGUUCAACUAAAGUACACACACGUUCCCCGUGUUUCCACGUUCACGCAGUCUCAGAUAUUUCAGGAUUAAGCCCGAUCUCCUUCGUCGCCCGGCAAAGCCGUCGCUGUUCCAUUUAACUUUAAGAAGACAUAUUGUGACUUACGAAAGAGCCUCUAGUUUGUUUACGGUACACAGCGUGCAAGCAGGGUGAGGGGAAGGUCUCGGACACCCGGCGAGAACGGGAACGAGAGGAGCGAACCGUGGCUAGGGAAAAAGGUGGAGUCCGAUGGGAACGAUCACGUUUCGAUCGAUUUACGAUUAUACCAUUUACGAUUAUACCAUUUACGAUUAUACCGUUUACGAUUAUACGAUUAUACGAUUUACGAGCGACGACUGCCUGCGAACGCAUAUCCGUUUCUUUUCUCUCGAGUCUUCAUCUUUUUCCAGAUCGUACGCGUCGACGCGUUGACCGUCACGGUGGUCGCCGGCGAAUCUUCCAAAAUGAUCGAAGACAUACCCACACGAAGGAAUUCACUUGACAUACCCGAUAACGCGAGUAAUUAAAUAAUACCGUCACUCAAGGACCAUCAUGCUAAACCGUUGAGAACCAAUUCCAAUACCGUUUGCCAUCGCUACGAGAGGACAAGUAGUAAUGUUUAUAUACGAAACGGUGAAAAUCCUCGGGGCGGUCAACGCGUUAAAAGGGGAGGGAUCAAAGGGGAGACCAAUCAAUCGAAAACGGCCGUUCAUUCUUCGAACGCGAUCGGGACACGGGAAUCAUCGCCGAGUGGUCGCGUUUCCGAUUAUUUUCUAUAGGUUCCCGACUGUAACUGCGGUCCAAAGCGAACAACAUACGUGCCAAUCAACGUGUCCGUAUAGAUAAACGAACGGUCGAGCGGCUCGCGACGCGGCCGAAUCUCGCGUGAGCCGAUAGCCGCUCGAUCGCGCGCCCAGCCAACCCGUUAGCUUAACGAAAAUGAAGGGAAUAACGAAAGUACGCGUGCACGCGCGUACACGUACACGCGCAAUUAUUUUUUGUAACCGAUCCCGAACAGGGACGGGUCGUUGAUCACCGCUCUGUCCGUCUGAAAAAAAGGAAUACGCAAACGCGCGUGUUAUAGGUGAACGACAUGCGACGCUCCGGAUCCACGGAUGUCUUCUAUAGAUUCAGGAAUAUCACUAUAUUUUGUGUGCGUGCGUAGUGUCUGCGUGUUACAUAUCUUUAACCAAUAAAACUAGUCCGAACGAUCCUCUGACCGUAACGUGCAAUCAUACUCGUAUUACCAUACUGUAAGAUAUA